AUGUUCCAGCCGUCCGCCAAGCGCUGCUUCACCAUCGAGUCCCUGGUGGCCAAGGACACCCCGCUGAGCCCCGACGAGCCCCUGCGCCCCGCCGCCCUCCCCUACCCCGGCCCCGGCCCCGCCGCCGACUCCUUCCCGGGGGGCUUCCAGGGGGCCGCCGCCGCCGCCGGCCGGGCCCUGUACGGCAGCGCCGAGCUCGUCUUCCCCGAGGCCGUGGGGCACCCGGCGCUGCCCGUGGGCCCCCCGCCGCUGCCCCCCCCGCACCCCUUCUUCGGGCCGCAGCACCGCGACCCCCUCAACUUCUACCCCUGGGUGCUGCGCAACCGCUUCUUCGGGCACCGCUUCCAAGGGAGCGAGGUGUCCCAGGAGAGCCUGCUCCUGCACGGGCCCUUCGCCCGCAAACCCAAGCGCAUCCGCACCGCCUUCUCGCCGUCCCAGCUCCUGCGGCUGGAGAGGGCCUUCGAGAAGAACCACUACGUGGUGGGCGCCGAGCGCAAGCAGCUGGCCAGCAGCCUCAGCCUCUCCGAGACCCAGGUGAAAGUGUGGUUCCAGAACCGGCGGACGAAAUACAAACGGCAGAAGCUGGAGGAGGAAGGGCCGGACUCGGACCAGAAGAAGAAAGGCUCCCACCACAUCAACCGAUGGCGCCUCGCCACCAAGCAGUCGAGCGGAGAAGACAUCGACGUCACCUCCAACGACUAAG